AUGGUGUUUGCAGGUUAUUCAGCUUCUUUGGCACUGCUGAUAUUGUUUGCCUUUGGAGUUGCAGAUGCCAUUCGAACUCUAAAAGAAGGUCCAAUGAUAGAUGAGGAGGGAAGGGAAUAUAAAUCAGCUCCCUUAGCAGAAAACAGCGGACCAAAGUCCAGUGACAGAUCUACUGUCCGUGUACAGUGCACAGAAGUGUCUAUGAUUGUCUUCAUACAGGCUGACUUUUUCAAAACCGGGCGUCAUGUGUCCCCAGAGGAGCUGUUUUUGGGAGAUGACAAACAUUCAAAGAACAGUCGGUGCCAAGCUGUAGAUGCUGGGAAUGAUGAAUAUGUCAUUGAAGCGGAGUUGCACGAGUGUGGCUCCAAAUUAUCUAUAUCGGAUGAUGAUGUGAUCUACUCAAACAAGCUGAUAUACAUGCCAGCUUUCAGUCACCACGGUAUCACAAGGAUGACUGAAGCUGUAGUUCCUGUUGCCUGCCACUAUAAAAGGACACACAUUGUGAGCAGUAAUGCUCAGCAUCAGCCGCUCACCUUCUCCAAACGGGCAAAGUUUUCAGCAGGCAACUCGGCUUUUUCUCUGAAGCUGAUGACCGAUGACUGGUCAAGGGAGAUGUUCUCCAGUACCUUCCACCUUGGAGACUUGCUGCACCUUGAAGCAUCGUACACUGGACCAGACCAGAGACGAGUCUUCAUCGACAGCUGUGUUGCCACUCUGACGCCUGAUCCAACAUCAGUGCCCAGAUACUACUUCAUUGAAAACCACGGGUGCCUCACUGACGCAAAAGAGGGUGGCUCAAAAGCUCGGUUUCAACCCAGAUCGAGGGCGAAUUCCCUUCAGUUCCAGCUUGAUGCCUUCCUAUUUCGUAACGAUUUAAGGAACACGGUUUUUCUAACUUGUGAACUCAAAGCUAUACCUAAAAUAUGGAGAAACAGCCUCAUCAACAAGGCUUGUAAUUACAUACAUUCAAGGUGGAAUAAUGUGGAUGGAAAUGAUGGUGUGUGUCAGUGUUGUGAUGGUUUCUGCCAUAAGAGACCACACAUGGAUGACAUGAUUUGUGACAUUGUGACUCUCGGCCCUCUGAAAAUUUUUCCCAGGAAGUGACCAAAGAGCAAAUAUCCAGACAGGGAAGUCUCAGUGCUUCCUGGCACAACAGAGCAUUGAAAGAGGUGGUUUCAUUGAAGAGCUUCUGUAUGUCCUAAGAAAUAAAUUUCAUAAACAGGA